AUGGAAGUUUUACGUGCUGAAACCAAUGAAUUUCCUCACUUAAAGAAUGCUGAUGGUCCAACAAGUUCCUCGCCGAGAUCAUCAACAAAUCAUGAUGAAGAGUGUGAUGAUGAUUGUUUCUCAGAUACGAGUGUACAUGACAAGAAAGUGCAAUCACCUAGUACUAAUGAGACCGAACAUGAGGAGAAAACAAAUCAUGAGAAUAAAGAAUCUUCAUCAGUAACAAAUCCUUCAAUAUCAACAAAUGAUUACUUACGUCAGCGUGAACAUUUGGCAAAGGAAUUCAAAGAUUACGAAGAUCGAUGGUUAGCACAUCGAAAUUUCCUUCUCUACACACAAUCACUUGGUAUGAAACCUGAAGAUCGCGAACGUCUAUUGACGCAUUUGAAUACGAACCAGAAUGAAGAGAAUUCGUCGGUGAAUCCGUUUCAAAUUCAACAGCAAUUAUUUAAUCAUUUGUCAAAAGAAGAACGCGAUCGAUUUUUAGCAGCUGCUCUCUAUCAACAGCAACAACAACAACAACAACAACGGAAUUCUUUCAAUUUUCAUUCAUAUCCUUGGAUAAAUCCAGCAGCUUCUGUCAUGCUUUCUCCUACACCGAAUCUCAUCUCGCAGAAUCAAUCAUUAUCAUCGUCAUCGGAUCAGCAACAAGCACCGAGAUCGCCUGGUUCGGAUGAUAGUGGCAAUCAAUCGAAUUCCGGUAGCACAACCGAAUGGACCUUUGAAGAACAGUUUCGUCAGCUCUAUGAAUUGUCUGACGAACCAAAACGUAAAGAAUUCCUCGAUGAUUUAUUCGCAUUCAUGCAGAAACGUGGUACUCCGGUUAAUCGAAUACCUAUUAUGGCUAAGCAUGUUCUCGACUUAUAUGAAUUGUUUCGUCUGGUUGUUAGUAAAGGUGGAUUAGUUGAAGUCAUUAACAAGAAAUUAUGGCGUGAAGUGACGAAAGGUCUUAAUUUACCAAGUUCAAUUACUAGCGCUGCAUUUACUUUACGUACACAAUACAUGAAAUAUUUAUAUCCAUUUGAAUGUGAAAAAUUACAAUUAAGCUCACCGGGUGAAUUACAAGCAGCUAUUGAAGGCAAUAGACGUGAAGGUCGUCGACCAUCGUAUGCAUUUGAAUAUUCAUCACCUCCACAGAUAAUGGCACCACCACCUCCACCCGUAACAACAGCAUCGACGAAUGCCUUUCUUGCUAGUCCACUUGCGCAUAGAACAUUGGAUUCAAACCAUGCUGCUAUGGCUGCAGCAUUGUCUCAUCCAUUCUUUUUCGCAGCUGCAGCAGCCAGUUCAUCGUCACGUGACAUCAAUGAAUCGCCAUCAUCAGCAUCCACAACUCCGCGAAUAAUACCUUCAUUUGACGAUCAUCAUCAUUUCUCAGCAGGAAUCAAACGAAGCAUGUCACCAUGUUUCUUAUCGAAAUCAAAUGACGAUAAUAAUAAUGCAAAUAAGAAGUUUGCUCCAACAACAAAUUCACCUUCGUUGUUAUCUCAAGCGAGUAAAUUGAAGAUACUUUCCAAAGGUCAUAGUCCUGAUCAACAAUCAAACGAGAAAUCGGUUAAUUUCUCGAUUGAACUCAAUGGAAUUACUUAUCAAGGUGUACUGACGGAUCAUCCAUCUUUAGCUCUGACUGAAAGCUACGACGAAGAAAUUGUACCUUUGCUUACAACGAUUGAUCAAAUUCGAAAUCGUGUGGCUGAUGUCGAUACUACUAUUGAAUUACCGUCGAUUGUUGUUAUCGGUGAGCAAAGUUCAGGGAAAAGUAGUGUCCUCGAAGCACUUUCCGGUAUUCCAUUACCUCGUGGUGGCCAACACAUGACAACAAAGUGUCCAUUAGAACUUCGAAUGCGUCGUUCGACAACUUGGCACGCUAGCCUUGAAUGUCCUGGCCGUCAAAAACGCGACAAUAUCGCCAGUGUUCAAGAAAUUAGUCAAUAUAUUAACGAUGCACAGAAUUAUCUAACAAAUGGUCGUGAUCAAAUCUCAAAACAAGUUCUCGUUCUUAAUGUUCAAGCACCUUGGCUACCGAACUUAACGUUGAUUGAUCUACCAGGAAUAAUUCAAGUGACAUCGACACAACAGGACAGUACAUCGGUGAAUAUGAUUGAGGAAUUGGUCGGAGAUUAUCUGGUAAAACGAACGACAAUUAUUCUGGCGAUUAUUCAAGCUUGUAAUGAUAUUGAGACUUCUGCAGCGAUCAAAUAUGCAAAAAUGUACGAUCGUGACGGCGAGCGAACAGUUGGUGUUUUAACAAAACUUGACCUAGUCGAUCGUGGCACUGAACAGAAGUUAUUGGAAGUAUUUCAAAAUAAACGCAUUCGACUGAAACUCGGCUAUUUAAUGGUCAAAUGUCGUUCCCAAGAAGACAUUGAUAAUGAUAUUGAAUUAAGUGAUGCACUUCGUAAAGAAGAACAAUUCUUUUCCCGAUCAGCAAAAUUUCAUUCUAUUCCAAAAGAACGACGCGGAUGUCCAUCCCUAGCUCGUUUUCUCACUCAUGAACUUGUUCGGAAUAUCAAACAAGCUUUACCACGCUUGAUUUCUGAUUUACGAACCAAAAUCAACAAUACCGAACAGAAAUUUCGUCAUUUAGGCAUUGAAGAUUAUACACAACUAUUGCUAACGAAUGAAGCGCGUUCACGACAUUUAACCGAAAAGCUGUUUACCUCCAUGCAGUUAUUUCGAACGGAAAUUCAUGGUGUCGAAGAAGGUGCACAAGUCAACAAUCCAUUGUAUUCCAAACGAAAUGAACUCAAUCAAAAGUUUUAUUAUGAUAUGUAUAAAUGUAAACUUCAGAAUCAUGACCUUAUUCAAUAUAUCAAAUCAGCGAUGAUUGCAACGCAAGGACCUGAACCAUCAGACUAUAUUCUAUUUCGUGUGACUAAAACCGUCUGUUUGAAUUAUCUCAAAUCCAUUCGUUUUCCGAUGAGAGAAUAUUUCUCCAAUAUGCUUGAACGUACAAGAGCAGUUAUCGCUAAUGUCAUUGACAAAGUCUUUCAUGCACGUCCAAAUCUGUUGAUGCAAAUGCGUUCGAUGCACGACGAGAUUGAAAAGCAAUUAAAAGCUGAAUGUCAGCGAGAAUUAGAGUUAAUACUUGAAAUGGAAGAAUCAUUCGUCUAUGCCGAUCAUCCAUUAUACAAAGAUACAUUGAAGCAAAUGAAGAGAAUCCAUAGACAUGAUUACAGUGAACCGUCGACAGUAACAACUGUUUCACAAGCAGCUCGAUUACCGGUUGUGAUGACAACCAAUUCUGCAACGAAUUCGAUUACAACAUCAGUGAAACGAACAAAUAGUGUAAUGAAAGACGACGAUGAUGAUGAGCUGGAAGAUGAGUUUAGUCCACCUGAGAAAAUCUCUCGGACGAGUAACCGUGGUGGCAAUUCGUUUUGGAAUAAUAUAUGGCCAACUUCGCGGUCUGACAGUUCCGAACCUCUUCCUAACAAUCACAACAUUAGUCGAAUUACAUCUGAUCAUGUGACGACGACAACAACAACAGGAGCAGCAGCAAUGGCAGCAACGGUACCGUCGAGAUCGGCAGUUAUCAAUGGCACACAGGACAAUACCAAUGACGAAGAAAUAACUGAGUAUAAAAUUCGUAUCUUAGCAAUGCAAGAUAUCAUUUGUCAGCGAAUUGUUUUAACAUUUCCUCAACGUAUUGAAUAUCAACUUGUGCGAAAACAGUUCUCUCAACUUGAUUUACAAUCGUCGAUCUUAAGUAGUACAAGCUUAGAAAAACUAGAUCACUUAAUGGCACAAGAUCCAGAAAUUGAACGUCAACAAAAUGAUCUGAUUAAUAAGCGCAAAUUAUAUGAUGAAACAAUUAAAGAUCUACAAAAUCUCGAUCGGUAUCAAUCGACUAGCGAUUCGACAGAGAAUAGAUAA